AUGUAUCCCACCUUCUACCGCAAUCUUUGGAACCCCCGCCAUGGCAUUGCGUUCGCCCCGGCGAGGCAAGACGAGACGUCGUACCCGGUGGUCGACAUGCUACGUUCUCUACAUUCAACCGGACCACCCGCCAACCAGACCAAUGCAGCAGUGAGAUCGGACGAGGAAUUUUUCGAAUCAGACGAUGACGCACCUUUCUCUACGCCUCCGGAAUACCAAGGGACGUUGGACACAACGCCCAUCGCUCAACCAUCUACAUCAGUCGUGAACGGUGUCAUAAAGGAAAGCGAGAGUGCAGCCGUGAGCACCGACAUGGGGCCUGCAGGGCCUUCAGAGCCUCCGUGCACGAAUUUGGAAUUCAAGAUCUCUCUGAAGGAUUUCCGCGAAGCCCAGGGCGCCGCGAAGGAGUCUGCGAAGUCGUUCUGGUCAUACACACUCUACCGAGGUCCUCCUGAGGAUGGCGUCGAGAAGAAGGUCAAGGUCCACUACUGCAAAAGCAAGCACACGAUGGAGAGAGUGUGUCAGUACUUCGUGAACGAUAAGGUGCUCGGGGUUGAUCUCGAAUGGUUCCCAGAUGCCAGGAAGGAUUCGGGCCCGAAGAAGAAUGUCUCCCUGAUUCAGGUCGCCAACGAGAGCCGGAUAGCGCUCUUCCACAUCGCGUUAUUUCCCAACAAUGACUUUGAGGCGCCGACUUUUCGUAAGAUUAUGGAAAACGCCGACGUGAAGAAGGUCGGCGUGGCUAUCAAGGGGGAUUGUACGCGGAUGCGGACCCACCUGGGCGUCGACACGAAAGGCAUCUUCGAGCUCAGUCAUCUGUAUAAACUUGUCAAAUACUCGGCGAAUGGGCGGGUGGGCCUGAUCAACAAGAGGUUAGUGUCUCUCGCCUCACUGGUCCAAGAAAACCUAGGCCUGCCCAUGUUCAAGGGGUCUGACGUCCGGUCGAGCGACUGGUCACAGCCCCUCAACAUGAGCCAGAUCAUGUACUCCGCCUCAGAUGCGUAUGCCGGGUUCCAGUUGUACCACGUCCUUGAGGGGAAGCGUGAGAGCCUCGACCCUAUCCCGCCACGGCCGCACGAUGCCGAGCUGAAUCGACCCAUCCGGCUUGCGGAUGGACAAUUCAUCGCAGCGGCAGAUGACAACGCGGAGGCUAUUGAUUCCGAUGACCGCGGUACAACUACAGCCCUGUCAUACAAGCAUGUCGAGGCCAUCAAAGCGAGUCUCGAAAUAGAGCCUGAAGGCGGAGGACCGUCGAUUGCCGAAAGCAUCAGGUCCGCGUCAGCUGUUUCUCCCCAGAAACGCCAGAAAGACCCCAGAGUCGCUGCUGCCGACGAACAGCUGGCCAGGUACCGCACCACGAUCAAGACUCUACGCGCCACGCCGUCCGCCGUGCGGUCAUACUACAUCUGGAGGAACAAUGCGGAUCUCACACCCGAAGCCAUUGCAAAAGUCCUGCGUGACCCACCGCUGCAGACGAACACGGUGGUGAGCUACAUUCUGGAAGCGAUCAAGCUAGAGAAGCUGCCGUUCGACAAGAAGAGGCUGCGGAACGAGAUUCUACAUCUUCUGCCGAAGGAUGUUCUACAGGGAAGGUACAAAGCCUUGACGUUGGAGGCUCACAAGCCCGACACCGACACGUCGUCGGUGGCUUGA